UGGCGUUGGCGCUGUUGUUGUUGCAUUUGCAUACAUGCCCUAUUACAACCUGUAUCUGGCCUGGCCCAUCUACUACAUGGUGAAGUCCUGCUCCAGCGUCCUGCCCUGGACAACUUGUGGCAACAGCUGGAACACCGACCUGUGUAUUGACUACGUGAAUACAACGUACAGCAGUAACAAGACAGCCCAUGCAAGGAAUACGUCAUAUACCAUCACCAAAUCUGAAAAGUGGGAAAAUGUGACUCUAGCUCACACACCUGCGGAGGAGUUUUGGCACUACAAUGUCCUGGGUGUCUCAACAGGCUUGGAGGAUGUGGGGUCUCUGCAGUGGCACACUGUUGGAUGUCUCUUGUUUUCAACUGUCGUAAUCUUUUUAUGUCUUAUUCGUGGAGUCAAGUCUGUUGGUAAGGCUGUGUACGUGACUGCGCUGCUGCCGUACGUCCUCCUCAUCUCCAUCUGCAUCACAACGCUGCUGCAACCAGGUGCUCUAAAUGGCGUGUAUUACUUUUUCAUACCUGACUUCAACAAACUACUUGACAUACAGGUGUGGCUGGAAGCAUGUUUGCAAGUGUUCUAUUCACUGGGAGUUGGAUUCGGGAUGAUUGGCACUGCUGCGAGCUACAACAACUUCCAUGAACCAUGUCUCCGAGAUAGUAUCAUAUUGACGAUUAUCUCAGAAGGAACCAGUAUCUUCUGUGGCCUGGUGACCUUUGCUGCUCUCGGAGUCAUGUCACAGAGAACGGGCGUUCCCAUUGAAACUGUUGUCACAGGGGGUCCAGGUUUGGGAUUUGUGACCUAUCCAGACGCUCUCGCACAACUUCCGGUCCCUCAGCUGUGGUCAUUCAUGUUCUUUCUGAUGUUGUUCAUGGUUGGUUUGGAUUCACAGUUCCUGAGUACUGAAGUCAUUAUUACUGCCCUGAUUGACCAGUAUCCGCGACAGCUGAGCAAGAAGAGGACGUUUCUAACAGGAGGAUGCUGCCUGACAGUAUUUCUGAUUGGAAUCAUAUUCUGUACCCAGGGAGGGCCGUACAUGUUUCAGCUGGUCGACUGGUAUGUGUUAUCUCUCGGGCCCAUGGUGAUAAGUACAAUGGAGUGUAUUGUCGUUUCGUGGAUAUAUGGUAUAACACGAAUUAGUAAAGACGUUGAGAUGAUGAUUGGCAAGCCACUGCCGAUGCCUGUAAAGAUCCUCUGGGCUCUGAUCACUUUCAUCUUGACACUUCUCCGCUAUCAGCCACCAACCUACGGCACGUACGUGUAUCCUAGCUACGCCUCUACAAUCGGCUGGCUCAUUGCAGUGCUGCCCCUUCUACCGAUACCCGUCUACAUGAGUGUACGUCUUGCCUUAAUGCCUGAUGAUGAAUGGCGACCUGCGAACUACAGAAGCAGCAAGGUUACAGGAUGA